CGCUGAAUUGCCAGGAUGUCGCUCUCUAACAGGCUGACUCUGGACAAGAUGGACGUGAAGGGGAAGCGGGUCAUCAUGAGAGUGGACUUCAAUGUUCCUAUGAAGAACAACCAGAUAACAAACAACCAGAGGAUCAAGGCUGCCGUUCCAAGCAUCAAAUUCUGCUUGGACCAUGGAGCCAAGUCAGUUGUUCUUAUGAGCCACCUGGGCCAGCCUGAUGGUGUCCCCAUGCCUGACAAGUACUCCUUGCAGCCAGUUGCUGUAGAACUCAAAUCUCUGCUGAGCAAGGAUGUUUUGUUCUUGAAGGACGACUGCGUGGGCCCAGAAGUGGAGAAAGCUUGUGCUGACCCAGCUGCUGGGUCUGUCAUCCUGCUGGAGAACCUUCGCUUUCAUGUGGAGGAAGAAGGGAAGGGAAAAGAUGCUUCUGGGAACAAGGUUAAAGCUGAGCCAGCCAAAACAGAAGCCUUUCGAGCUUCGCUUUCCAAGCUAGGGGAUGUGUAUGUCAAUGAUGCUUUUGGCACUGCUCACCGAACCCACAGCUCCAUGGUGGGAGUAAAUCUGCCAGAGAAGGCUGGAGGUUUUUUGAUGAAGAAGGAGCUGAACUACUUUGCCAAGGCCUUGGAGAGCCCAGAGCGACCCUUCCUGGCCAUCCUGGGCGGAGCUAAAGUUGCAGACAAGAUCCAGCUGAUCAGUAAUAUGCUAGACAAAGUCAAUGAAAUGAUUAUUGGUGGUGGAAUGGCCUUUACCUUCCUUAAGGCGCUCAACAACAUGGAUGAGGUGGUGAAAGCCACUUCCAGGGGCUGCAUCACCAUCAUAGGUGGUGGAGACACUGCUACGUGCUGUGCCAAAUGGAACACAGAGGAUAAAGUCAGCCAUGUGAGCACUGGGGGUGGUGCCAGUUUAGAGCUCCUGGAAGGUAAAGUCCUUCCUGGGGUGGAGGCUCUCAGCAGUGUUUAGUACUUUCCUGCCUUUUGGUUCCUGUGCAUAGCCCCUAAGUCAACUUAGUGCUUUCUGCAUCUCCACUUGGCAUUAGCUAAUAUCUUCCCCUAUGUCAAGAUUCAGCUAGUGGCCAAGAGAUGUAGCGCCAGGAACCCUUAAAACAGUUGUAGGGCAUCUCAGCUCACCUUUACUGCACCCUGGCUUUGCCUACAUUCUUCAAGAUCCCAUUUGAAUUUCUUAGAGACUAAACCGUUGUGCAUUCUAGAGUGCAUAUAUUUGUAUUAUGCCUGUUAAAAGAAAGUGAGCUGUGUUAGCUUAGUUCUCUUUAUGAAGUAGCUUAUUCUGAUUAGCUUUGUC